ACUUGUAGCAGCAGUGAGCCCUGCUGGAGCCCCGCGGACGUUGCGGAGACAUUUGGACUUGAAGGAAUUCCUUUGAGUCGUUGAUCGGUCAGUCGGUGAUCAGUCAGUCGGUGAUCGGUCAGACGAUGAUCGGUCAGUCGGUGAUCGGUCAGUCGAUGAUCGGUCAGUCGAUGAUCGGUCAGUCGGUGAUCGGUCAGUCGGUGAUCGGUCAGACGAUGAUCGGUCAGUCGAUGAUCGGUCAGUCGGUGAUCGGUGCGUGUGAACACGCGGAGGUAGUUACCGUCACUACCGGCGAUGGACAUGGUCUGAUUUCACCUGUGGCGUAGAACUGGCGGACAAGGGUCCUUUUCGUGAGCACCACUUUUUUCCCCCUCCCUUUUCCUCCUUUUUUAUUUUGUUUUUUGUUUUUGUUAAAUUGAUUUUGGGGCGGAGAAAACAGCUUCGCCAUCACAGAACUGCAACCAGUUUUUUUGAUGGUCUGGGAUCAGUGUGCACCCACUGACGGACACAAGCCUUGUGGGUUCAACAGAUCACAGGAGGAAACAUGAGCACAGCCAAGUCCAGUGGGAUCAAAGGGCCCAGCAAGAUAGCCAGGCCACCUGGGACAGGAGCCCCCAAGACAAACCCCAGCACAGCAGGAGCUAAAGUUAUUGCGGCCGACAAAUCAGCUGCAAGUGCCAGUGGUGGAGAUGCCCAAAAUGCUGAGGAGAGCUUCCAGGUUGGGGAGCGAGUGUGGGUGAACGGGAAUAAGCCAGGCAUCAUUCAGUUUUUGGGAGAGACACAGUUUGCCCCGGGACAGUGGGCAGGGAUUGUUCUCGAUGAGCCAAUUGGGAAGAAUGACGGGUCGGUGGCAGGGGUGCGCUACUUCCAGUGUGAAUCCCUGCGAGGUAUAUUUACCCGCCCAUCCAAGUUGUCUCGCACUGAGGGGGAGUCUAAUGGAACUCAGACGGCACCACCUUCCCGUGCUGCUUCACCCACGCCUUCAGUUACUAGUGUAGCCUCUCAUACGACUGCAACAAAAUCGACAGUACCCACAACUACCACAGCAGGCAAGAAGGCCUCCACCACCACGCCUGCCACACCAGCCACGCCGGCCACGCCGGCCACACCAGCUACACCAGCUACACCAUCCAACCUUGCACGCACAAACAGCGAAUCUAUCUCCAACCUCUCAGAGACUGGAUCAGUGAAGAAGGGGGAAAGGGAACUGAAGAUGGGUGACCGUGUUCUGGUUGGUGGUACAAAGGCGGGAGUGGUACGUUUCCUUGGGGAAACCGAUUUUGCCAAAGGAGAUUGGUGCGGUGUGGAAUUGGACGAGCCUUUAGGAAAGAAUGACGGGGCAGUGGCAGGCACGAGAUAUUUUCAGUGCCAACCCAAAUAUGGCUUAUUUGCUCCAGUGCACAAAGUCACACGCAUCGGCUUCCCUUCCACCACGCCGGCCAAAGCAAAAACUACAGUUCGGAAAGUUGUGGCCACACCAUCAGGGCUGAAGAGAAGCCCUAGCGCCUCCUCCAUAAGUACCAUGAGCUCUGUGGCAUCCUCUGUCAGCGCCAAGCCUAGCCGCACAGGCCUGCUAACGGAGACAUCAUCCCGGUAUAAUCGAAAGAUUUCAGGCACUACAGCCCUGCAGGAGGCGUUGAAGGAGAAGCAGCAGCAUAUUGAGCAGCUUAUGGCUGAGCGGGACAUGGAGAGAGCUGAGGUCGCCAAGGCCACUGGCCAUGUUGGAGAGAUGGAGCAAGAAAUUAGCCUGCUCAGGGAUGAUCAGGAGCAGAUGGAGGCUAAGAUGGAUCAGCUACGUGCCUUGGUUGAAGCUGCAGACAAAGACAAAGUGGAGCUGCUGAAUCAGCUGGAGGAGGAGCGUAGGAAGGUGGAGGACCUUCAGUUCCGUGUAGAAGAAGCUUGCAUUACCAAAGGAGACCUCGAGACGCAGACCAGGCUGGAGCAUGCCCACAUUAAGGAGCUUGAACAGAGCCUGCUCUUUGAAAAGACCAAAGCUGAGAAACUCCAAAGAGAGUUAGAAGACACUAGGGUUGCUACGGUGUCGGAAAGAUCCCGUAUAAUGGAGCUUGAGAAGGACCUUUCCCUGCAUACAAGAAAGGUAGCUGACCUGCAGCUGCGUCUUGGAACCCAGCAAGGCUCUGAAGACUCUACUCUUUCUCCUCUUCUGGAAGAGAUAAACUCUCUGAGGGAUCAGCUUUCUUCCCAAGAGGCCAAGCAGCAAGAAGAGCUGGUUAAAUACAAAGAGAAGCAAGAAGCUCAAGAAAAGACCCACGGUGAGGCAGUUGCCCAGCUCCAGGCUGCAUCUGUUAGGCUCUCUGGUGACAACGAGCAGUUGCAGAUGCGCUUAAGCCAAGCCGACAAGGAGAAUGUUGAUAUCACUGAACAGUGGCGUUCCAAGUUGGAGUCUGCCAUUGCCUCCCACCAGCAAGCCAUGGAGGAGCUGAAGGUAACCUUCAGCAAAGGCACAGGUGCCCAGACAGAAGAGCUUGUAGAAACCAAAAGUGCACUAGAGAGACUGAAGUUGGAGCACAAGUUGACUAUAGAGGCGGCUGGAACCAAACACGAAGCUGACACUGUAGCUUGGACUAGGGAAACGCAGGCACUGAAAGCACAGCUAUUGUCUUUGACUGAAGACAAGGAGCGACUUGAGGAGUCGCUAAGGUCCAGCGUUGAAAAAGCAGAGGAGCAGCACCUUGUGGAGAUGGAAGAUGUUCUUGGAAAGCUUCACACUGCAGAAGUUAGGGUAAAGGAGCUUGAGGAGAACGAGGCAACGAUGGCGCAACAAGCCCGGGAUAAGGAGAGAGAAACCAAAGAGCAGAUGGCAGAAAUGGUGGCUCUGCGCAGCCAAUUAGCACAAGGUAACCAGGAGGUUGUGACCCUGAAGAGUCAGUUAGAGGCGGUUCAGAGCCAAGAAAACAACCAGGGUGCCAAGGUUAGUGAACUGAGCUCUCACUUGGAGGGUCAACAAAAGGAAGUCCUUUCUUUACAGCAGACUCUGACUAGUGAAAAGCAGUUGAAGGAUACCCUGGAACAGGAACUUGGAGUCUUGAAACAAAAGUUGGCCGACAGCACAGAUGAGCAGACAAAAUCAGCAAAAACUAUGCAAGAAGCACUUGAGAAGCUCAGUAAGAAGGAAGAGCUGUGCACAUCCCUGACCACAGAAUCAGAGUCUUUAAGAAGUCAAUUUGCAGGGCUAGAGAGGAAGCUAAAGGCUGCAGAUGAAAAGCUCGAGCAACUUUCAAAGGACAAGAGCAAGCUGGAAAAUGAUAUUUCCGACAUGAUGAAGGCAUCUGGUGAUAGUUCAGUACAGCUGACCAAAAUGAACGAAGACCUCAUCCAGAAAGAAAGGAGGCUCGAGGAGUUACUGAGUCAACUUGCAGAAGAGAAGGAGAAGGUGGCCCACUUCGGUGAAAAACUCCAGCAGGAACAUUCCCGCAAAGAGCAAGAGCUCAAAGAGACUGGAGAUGCACAUCAGUCUCAGAUAAAAGACCUUCAGGAAAAGAUUGCUAGCUUAGAGAAGACUGUCAAAAAGGGUGAGACCGUGGUUGAGGAGCUUAAAGCCUCUCAAGAGAAAUCGCUCUCUGAGGCCUCGGAGCUCCAUGUGAAGGAACGUGGGCUGCUGCAGAGUCAGGUUGAGGAGUUGAAGCAGGAGCUCUCCUUUUCGAGGGACAAAACCCAGGAGCUGGAGAAACUGGUGUCUGAGCUGCAGACACACAAGGAACAGACUCAGUGCCUUUCUGCUGAGCUUGACUCCUACAAGCAUGAUGUUGAACAAUUGUCCAAAAAACUGGGAAAGCAGAGUCUAGAUCUGGAAAACCUGUGUAAGGAAAGUGGGGAUGUUAAAGCUGAGAAAGGCAAACUGGAGAAACACCUUUCAGAUUUGCAGACUAAGUUCUCUGCCCUUGAGAUAAGUCACCAGGAGCUUUCAGCCCAGAAAGAACAACUGCUAGUAACCAGCAAUAAGCUUUCAAAACAUCAAGAAGAGUUACUCACCAACGAAAAGCGAUCGGAUGAAGAAAAGAUUUCAUUGAACACAGAGUUGGGGAAGGUGAAAGAUCUUCUCCAGGAAGUGCAGACUGAAAACAAGACCCUGGUUCAUACUAAAGGUGAACAUCUGGACCAAAUCGAGGAGCUUCAAAGACAAUGUGCAGAAAAGACUGACUUGCUCCUGAAGCAUCAGCAGGACAUUCAGCAAAUCCAGACUAAAAAGAAGCAACUACUUCAGGAUUAUGAAAAUGUCUGCAAAGAGAGGAACCGGCUUGAAGAGGACUUCAAUGAAAGCAGGUCAAAGCUCACAUGGGAGAAGGAUGAUUUAGUUUUAGAGAGAGAUGCUGCUAGGAAUGCCAAAAAGUCUCUUGAUGCUAAGAAUGCUGACUUGCAGGAAAAACUUAAGUCUAUGAACCUAGAAAAAGAAGAUCUGACAAUGAAGAAUACACAGCUGCAGGCACUCACAGAAAAACUGACAAAAGAGAAGGUGGAGAUGUCCUCUGAAAUCAGUGCCUCUGUGUUGGACAAGAAGAGCUUGGAGACCGUGAAGGAGGAGCUCCAGAAGAAACUCACCGCUACAAAGAAAAACUUGGAGAGUUCUGUCCGUGAAUGCGAAGAACUCAAAGCCUCAAAAAUGAGCCUGACCCAGAUGCUGGAAGAGUUCAAGACAAGCAGUCAGGUGACUGAUUCUGAGAGACUUCACCUUCUGCAGGAGAAAGAAUACUUACUUGCGACCCAAAGAAAAGUCUGCAAUGAGAAGGAAGAGCUGCUCAAAGAGAUCGAAGAAUUAAAGGACAAGCUUCAAACCUCAACAGAACAACUGUCUCAGUCCAAUGAGAAAUUUAAAGAAGCAUCGUCAUCUUUUGAGCAAGAGAGGCAAGCGUUUGGCCUUCAGAGCUCAGGAUCUGAGAUGGCUCUCCAUGCUAUUCGGAAGGAAAAGAUGAGCCUCGAUUCGGCACUAGAGCAGCAGAAAAUGGAUUAUGAGCGUUUGGCAGGGGAGAAGGGCGAAUUGGAGGAGAAACACUCGAAAGCCAUAUCUGAGAAAAAUGUUCUUUCUGUUGAGCGUGAUAAACUGGCUAGUGAUAUUCGAACAACUAAGGACCAGUUGGAUAGUUACUCCAGAGCUAAUGCUGACCUUACUCAAGAGAAGUCUCAUUUGACGACAAUGCUCGAGGAAAACAAACGGCAAAAAGAUGAAGUUGAAGCAGAGGUGACCUCUUUGAAACGAGAAAAGGCUGACCUGCAAAAUGAACUGCAGAAACAUAACUCUGACAUUGAAGUUCUUGAAAAGGCCAAAACUGAACUUGCUCAAGAGCAUAGUAAAAUAAAAAUGGAUUCUGAGAAGGCUAAUUUAGAACUUGUUCAACAGGUGGAUAACCUUACAAAAGUUGGUCAGCAUCUGCAGUUGCUGCAGACUGAAGCUGACAAAAAAGUGGAAUCUUUGCAGAACGAGAACCAGGGGCUGCUUCAGCAGAUCCAGGAGUUUAAAGGUCAGACUGAAUCAAUGUCGGAGGCCAAGCAGCUUCUUGAGACUCGGCUACAAGCUGAAAACAGUGAACGGAAUAAAGUGAUAUCUGACAAGGAUGGUCUGUCCAAACAAAUUGACGAGCUUCAGAAAGCAUUGUCUAAAGUUACACAAGAAAAUAAAGACAUUUCUUUGAACCUUAAGAAUGCUGAUCAGCAAAACAAAUCUUUUACUGUGGAUAUGGAGGCUUUGAAAACCCAGUUGACGCAGCGCGAGAAAGAAACCAGUCGUUUGACUGAAGAUAAAGACCAGCUAUUAUCUAAGCUUGAGGAUAUGGGCAAACAGAUGACCUCCUUGACCACAGAGAAAGAGGAGCUUUUAGCUGUUCAGGGUAAAUUGGAGCAAGACGUUUCUUCUCUGGAUGCGGGCAAAGAAAAUUGGCUCGCAGAACGGUCGAGGCUGCUCGAAGAGUUGGAGAAGUUGCAGGCUAGUCAGACACAACUAGACGCUGAUGUCAAGGCCCUACAAACGGAUAAAGAACUUCUGGAAAACCAAUACAGGAAUGCUGUUGCAGAGGUAUCGGCUUCUGCUGUUGUAAAAGAAGAGAUUUCCUCCAGCAUCUCAGGCUUAGCAGCUCAGAAGAACGCCCUGCAGGUGGAGAGAGAUGAAGCCCUCCAGCAAGUCAGGCAGCUCGAGUCCCAACUAAAAAAUGUUGUUUCUAAGCAGCUUGAGGCUACAGAGGCCUCUGGCAAGAUGGCUGAGGCUCUCGAACAGCUGACAAAAGAGAAAACCAGUUUAGUGCAGGAGAAGAUGGACGCUCUGGAAGAGCUGCGGAGCUCCAAACAGGAGAUAGAAACCCAGCUCGCAACACUGAAAAAGGAGAAUUCCAAGCACCAAGAAGAUCUGAAAACAUCCAAAGAUCAACUUUGCACAGAAAGUCAGAAGAUCAAGAGUCUAUGCCAGGAAGUUGAGGAGCUAAAAGAGGCCGUUUCCGUGAAGUCGCAGUCGCUGCAGACGCUACAAGAUGAAAAUAACAAGCUGACUCAGGAGCUGGAUAAAGAUCACAAAGACCAGAGUGAUCGUGUAAAGCUCAAAGAUGAGCACACCAAACUCAAAAAACAGUUGGAUGAGAUGAAGCAAAGUGAGAGCACCUUGAAGGAGCAGUUGGACAAGGAGAAGGCCGCCCUCCAACAGUCUGUCCGUAAAAACAGUGCCUUAAUCUCAGAAAAGGACCAGCAGGUGGAAAACCUGAAGAGUGAGAUGGCUGUGCUGCGCGGGGAAAGUGCCUCGGCUAAGACACUGCAGGGUACGAUUCAUGCCCUGGAGCGUGACAAGGCUGAUCUACAGGAGCGUGUGCUGAGGCUGGAGACGGACCUGGCUGCAGCGCCUGAAACCAUCAACAACCUAUCAGGUGAUGCUGUUGUGGACCAGUUGAGGGAGGAUAAGGAGAUGGCAGAUGGUCAGGCAGCGAUUGAGUUCCUGAAUUCAGUCAUCGUUGACCUCCAGAGGAAGAACGGGGAACUCAAGGACAAACUGGAGACAAUGGCAGCAGCUGCCCUGAAUGGGAAUAAUCAGAGUGAGCUGGAUAACUACGACAGCCACGGACAGGAACCCGUGAAGAAGAAGACUCCCCCGAGGCUGUUCUGUGACAUCUGCGACUGUUUCGACCUCCACGACACCGAGGACUGUCCCACGCAAAUGCAGAUGCCCGACUCGCCUCCACACACCACAUACCAUGGCAAUAAGGGAGAAGAGCGGCCCUACUGUGACAUCUGUGAGGUCUUCGGCCACUGGACCGACUCCUGUAAUGACGACCAGACCUUUUGAAGCCUUUUUAAACCCUCGUUCGCACAAUCACUAUAUUUGCACAUGUUAGAUAACGCAGUUCUCUUUGGGUUUUAAUUUGUGUGUGCGCAUUCUGUGUGCUUGUUUUUGCCAAGCGUCUUUAUUGUCCACACCAGCCCUUAAGCGCUCUUAUAGGUGAACGCCGUCCUCAAUAUAUCUUUCAGACAUCGGGAAAAGAAACGCAGCAGUUAACGGUUUUGUAUUACUUUACUAAUUGUAAAUGACUGGAGGAGAAAGUCAGAUAUCCUGGGUUUAUAUGUGUGAGGUGAUACUUAAGGUGAACAUAUUAAUGUGGGAAAAGCAAUGGUCUACAGGUCCUUUAACUUAUGAUUAUCCUUACAUGGCUUGCACAGCUUGUGGGGGGCUAGAAAGAUAUUAUCGUGUCAUUAAAGGUCUUUAUUUGAAACUGUAAAAAACUUGAUUAAAAACAAAUAUCAAUUUGUGCAAAAAUUGGUGAGCUAUAGUUUAUUUUUUUAUCCCUGGAAAUACUAUGUGCUCUAAAGGUUUGAUAGUAUGUGUGUAAUUUUGUGAAGGGGGGGGGGGGGGGGGGGUUGCUCGCGGAGCAGUGAAACCAGUGCUGUUUGGCUUUAAAAGGAACUUUUUUAUGGUCUUCAUGAAGGGACUGCUGGAUGACUGGUGAGAAAGAAGCAGUCAAAAGUCCUCAGUUCCAGUGAAACGGCCUUUCCAAAACUUGUUUUGCAAUUAAAAGAUAAUUUCUGUAUGAAUCAAUGAAAAAAAUGUUUUGAAUAUCUGUAUAAAAUAAAUAAAAUUUAUGUAUAAAUUAAA